AAAGAGAUAGAGAUAGAGUUCGGGUUCAGUUUGUGUCUGUUCUAGAUAGUACUUCAGCUGCCCCUAUAGAUUUUGUUUCUUGUUUCAAGUUUGGAUAUUUGAAGCCAGAAAUGAAAUACAUUAGGACAAACAGCCUGAAAAGGCUAUUCUCACUCAAAAGAAGAAGCUUGGAAGAAGUCGCAAGCCCACCGAGUGUGUGCUGUAAUGUUGAAGAGAGCAAUGAAAGCCUCAAGAAUGUUGAAGCAAUAGAGCUUUCUCCAAGACCCACAUGGAAAUGCUUCUCCUUUGAAGAGAUUUCAGAUGCCACCAAUGGUUUCAGCUCAGAGAAUUUGGUUGGAAAAGGAGGAUAUGCAGAGGUGUACAGAGGAGUUUUGAAAGGUAAUGAGGAAAUUGCUGUGAAGAGGAUCACAAAAACUGUGACUGAUGAAAGGAAAGAGAAGGAGUUCUUGAAUGAGAUUGGAACUAUUGGCCAUGUUUGCCAUCCAAAUGUGUUGUCACUUGUGGGAUGUUGCAUUGACAAUGGCCUUUACCUCAUCUUCCAUUUCUCCUCCAGAGGCUCUGUUGCUUCUCUUCUCCAUGAUGAAAAUUUGCCACCUAUGGAUUGGAAAACAAGGUAUAAAAUAGCUAUUGGGACAGGUAGAGGCCUCCAUUAUUUGCACAAGGGCUGCCAGAGGAGGAUUAUUCACAGGGACAUUAAGUCCACAAACAUACUAUUGACUGUAGAUUUUGAACCACAGAUAUCUGAUUUUGGACUAGCAAAAUGGCUUCCAUCACAAUGGACUCAUCACUCAAUUGCUCCAAUUGAAGGGACCUUUGGGCACUUGGCACCUGAGUACUAUAUGCAUGGAAUUGUGGAUGAGAAAACAGAUGUCUUUGCUUUUGGAGUUAUUUUAUUAGAGCUCAUCUCAGGCAAGAAACCAGUGGAUGGGUCUCACCAAAGCUUACAUAGCUGGGCAAAACCAAUAUUAAACCAGGAAGAGAUUGAUCAGCUGGUAGAUCCAAGGCUUAGAGGGGCCUAUGAUGUUACACAACUAAAAAGACUUGCCUUUGCAGGAUCUCUCUGCAUUCGAGCAUCGCCGACAUGGCGUCCUACCAUGAGCGAGGUGUUGGAGGUUAUGGAAUUAGAAGGUGAAAUAGACAAAGAGAGGUGGAAGAUGCCAGAGGAAGUAGAAGAAGAGCAUGAUGAGUUCUGGGGUUUUGAGGAUCUGGAAUAUGAGUUUGACAGUUCCUUCUCAGUUUCACCCCAUGAUUCCAUUUCUACAAGAAGCCGUUAGGGUUUAAGGGGGUUCUUGGAAACUUUGUUACUUAAACCUCAAUGUUUAUCAAACCAACGUGUACAGUUCACAAGUUUUUGUAUAUAAAUUAUAAAAAGCAUAAUAUAUAAAUAUAGAGACGAGAGCUGUUGUUA